UAGGGAAGAGGAAAGUGCUGGCCCAUUCCUGUUUAGGAGGUUUAGGGAGAGGGAGGAUGGCUAAAGUUUCAUGGACAUGGCACGUCCUGUGGUUGCUGCAGUGGACGCCGCUGUUCUUGGGACCUGGUGCUGCUCCUCCAGCCUGGGCCUUGAACCUGGACCCUGUGAAGUUCACCAUCUAUGCAGGUCCCAAUGGCAGCCACUUUGGAUUUUCAGUGGACUUUCACAAGGACAACCACGGGAGUGUGUCCAUCGUGGUGGGCGCCCCCAGGGCCCUUAGCGCAAGUCAGGAGGAGACUGGCGGCGUGUACCUGUGCCCCUGGAAGGCCAAUGGCGGCAAGUGCACCUCGUUGGUCUUCGAUCUAAGGGACGAGACCCGACACGUAGGCUUCCAGACUUUCCAAACCUUCAAGACCGGGCAAGGACUUGGGGCGUCGGUCGUCACCUGGAAUGACGUCGUUGUGGCCUGCGCCCCCUGGCAGCACUGGAAUGCCCUAGAAAAGAACGAUGAGGCAGAGAAGACUCCGGUAGGUGGCUGCUUCGUGGCUCAGCUCCAAAGCGGCGGUCGCGCGGAGUACUCGCCUUGUCGCGAAAACACCAUGAGCUCGGUUUACUCAAAAAACUUCAACCGAGACAAGCGACACUGUGAGGCCGGCUUCAGCUCUGCGGUGACCCAGGCUGGAGAGCUAGUGCUUGGGGCCCCUGGCGGCUACUUCUAUUUAGGUCUCCUGGCUCGGGUUCCCAUUUCGAGUAUCAUCUCUAGUUACCGCCCGGGUACCCUUUUGUGGCACGUUCCCAACCAGCGCUUCACCUUCGACUCCAGCAACCCAUUGUACUUCGACAGCUACCAGGGGUACUCGUUGGCCGUGGGCGAAUUCGAUGGGGAUCUGAGCACUACAGAGUACGUCGUCGGUGCCCCCACUUGGAGCUGGACCUUGGGAGCGGUGGAAAUUUUGGACUCCUACUACCAGAAGCUGCACCAGCUGCAUGGAGAGCAGAUGGCUUCGUAUUUCGGGCACUCAGUGGCAGUCACUGAUGUCAAUGGGGACGGGAGGGAUGACCUACUGGUGGGGGCUCCGUUGUAUAUGGAGCACAGGGCAGACCGAAAGCUUGCCGAGGUGGGCCGUGUGUACUUGUUUCUGCAAUCUCAGGGUCCCCAUAUUCUGGGCACGCCCACUCUCCUGCUGACCGGCACUCAGCUCUAUGGGAGAUUUGGAUCUGCCAUUGCACCCUUGGGUGACCUCAACCGGGAUGGCUAUAAUGAUGUUGCUGUGGCUGCCCCCUAUGGGGGUCCCAGUGGUCGGGGCCAAGUGCUGGUGUUCCUGGGUCAGAGUGAGGGACUGACUCCACGCCCCUCCCAAGUCCUGGACAGCCCCUUCCCCAGAGGCUCUGGCUUUGGCUUCUCCCUUCGUGGUGUUGUAGACAUCGAUGACAAUGGAUACCCAGACCUGAUAGUGGGAGCUUACGGGGCUAGCAAAGUGGCUGUGUACAGAGCUCAGCCUGUGGUGAUGGCCACUGUCCACCUGCUGGUUCAAGACUCCCUGAAUCCCACCCUGAAGAACUGUGUCCUGGAACAGAGCCAGACACCAGUCAGCUGCUUCAACAUCCAGAUGUGUGUGGGAGCCACGGGGCACAACAUUCCUCAGAAGCUUCAUCUAAAGGCAGAGCUGCAGCUGGACCUGCAGAAGCCCCGUCAGGGCCGCCGAGUGCUCCUACUGGACUCUCAACAGUCGAGCCUCACCCUGAGCCUGGUCCUGGGUGGAAAAAACAGAACUACCUGCCACACCAUCUUGGCCUUCCUUCGAGAUGAGGCAGACUUCCGGGACAAGCUGAGCCCUAUUGUGCUAAGCCUCAACGUGUCGCUGCCCCCAGAAGAGACUGGAGUAGACCCCGCUGUGGUGUUGCAUGGAGAAACCCAUGUCCAGGAGCAGACCCGGAUCAUCCUGGACUGUGGGGAAGAUGACCUGUGUGUACCGCAGCUCCAGCUCACAGCUACUGUGGGGGACACCCCGCUUCUAAUUGGUGCUGACAACAUGUUGGAGCUGAAGAUUGAUGCAGCCAAUGAGGGUGAGGGAGCCUAUGAGGCAGAGCUGGCUGUGCACUUGCCUCUAGGAGCCCAUUACAUGCGGGCUGUCAGCAAUGUGGAGGGCUUUGAGAGGCUCAUCUGUACUCAGAAGAAAGAGAACGAGACCAGGGUGACACUGUGUGAGCUGGGCAACCCCAUGAAGAAGGACACCAGGAUCGGAAUCAGAAUGCUGGUGAGUGUGGAGAACUUGGAAGAAGCAGGGCAGCAUGUGUCCUUCCAGCUUCAGAUCAGGAGCAAGAACAGCCAGAAUCCAAACAGUAAGCUUCUGCUGUUGCCUGUGGCAGUCCGGGCUGAGGCCACAGUAGAGCUUCGAGGGAAUUCCUUCCCUGCGUCCCUGGUGGUGGCAGCAGAAGAAGGUGACCCGGAGCAGGAUGGCAUGGACAGCUGGAUCCCCAGGGUGGAACACACCUAUGAGCUCCACAACAAUGGCCCUGGUGCUGUGAAUGGCCUCCGACUCAUCAUCCACUUUCCCAGUCAGUCCCAACCCUCGGACCUGCUCUACAUCCUGGACGUGAAGCCCCAGGGGGGUCUCCUUUGCUCCUCACAGCCAACCCCCAAGCCUCUCAAGCUGGACUGGAGGCUGCCCACUCCCAACCCUUCCCCCAUUCGCCCCGUCCAUCACCAGCGCAAACGCAGACAUGUGUUCCUGCAGGAACCGAAGCAGCCAGCGCAGCAAGACCCAGUUCUGGUGAGCUGCAACGACUCAGCGCCCUGUACGGUGGUGGAGUGUGAGCUGCGGGAGAUGGCGCGCGGGCAGCGAGCCAUGGUCACAGUGCAGGCCAUGCUAGGGCUGCCCAGCCUCCGCCAGAGGCCGCAGGAGCAGUUUGUGCUGCAGUCGCACGCCUGGUUCAACGUCUCCUCCCUGCCCUACUCGGUGCCGGUGCUCAGCUUGCCUAGCGGACAAGCUCUGGUGCAGACACAGCUGCUUCGGGCCUUGGAGGAGAAGGCUAUUCCUCUCUGGUGGGUGCUGGUGGGAGUGCUGAGCGGUCUGCUGCUGCUCACCCUGCUGGUUUUGGCCAUGUGGAAGGCUGGCUUCUUCAAGCGGAAUCGACCUCCUCUGGAGGAAGAUGAAGAGGGAGAGUGAUGGAUGACACUGGUGCCUGCUUCACGUCCUGUUCCUGACCAGUGGCCCUGCUCGGAACUCCAUGGGUUCAAAUUACUACAUGGGCUCUUCCCUCCCCAGCACAGUGGGCAUAUCCCCUGUCCCACUGCCUAAUAAAGAGGCUGA